GCUCAACGACAAAAUUAGGCGCGCAUUAUUUGAUUGAGUUGAGAUUGGUUAUUGGGACGAUUAUCCAAAAAUGAAAAUUCAGUGUUCCCUUUCGCUCGAUGCACAAAUACAUUCUCACUCACAUCGAUCUUCCUUAUUCCGUUAUCAUUUUUAUCACUUGGCUCUCUCUCAUUUUUCUCUUACUUUCUUCCGGGCUGCUGAGUGAGUUAGAUCGCAAAAAUCAAAGUGGAAUUUAUAUCUCAAAAAAUCUCAAAAAUUAAUUGUUAUCGGUGGUGGAAAAAAUCUUAAUUAUUAAGCAAAUUUAGAAUUGUUAUAGUUGAAGUUAAAAUAAAUUGUUGGUGCAGUGAAAGAAACGGAGUGAAUUUGAUUAAAAUAUUGAAGGAGGAAACCUCACCACGAGGAGAAAAAUUUCCCACGUGUUGGAGGCUGAAAGGGGUUUUCCGCAAGGUUUCCGCACUAUCGAGAAAAUUUUUUGGAGUCCUAUCGAUCCAGAUAGACUUUACUAAAUUUAUCGAUAUUUUCUCUGCAGGUUGGUUCAUAGAUUCGGUGCCUAAUUUGGGAACUUGCAAAACAAUUAAUUUUCUUCUCAAUUUUAUUAAAGGUUAGUUGGUUUCUCUGAGCAAUUCACCGUCUCUAGACGAAAGCAUACUAAUUCAUUUUCCUUGCGUUUAUUUAAAGGUUGGUUCAUAGAUUCGGUGCCUAAUUUGGGAACUUGCAAAACAAUUAAUUUUCUUCUCAAUUUUAUUAAAGGUUGGUUGCGUAUAAGUCCAUACAUUUUUUGAUCCUUCGAGGGAACCUACGCAUCCGCUACAGUCCAUUAAGAUGGUGAGGCACCAGAGAGGAGGAUACAUGUCUGCCGUUUCCAAGGUAGAAAACGAUCUGAACGCUGCACCACCUGCUUCGCUUACCACAGCGGAGAAUCUUGAGAAUCUCCAGAUGCAGGCAGGCCUAGUCCAGUCUAUGAAGGAGAAAUUCAUCACCGUGCAGAUUCAAAUCAUUUCUGAGACGACAGAUCCAGUACAGAAGGCAUUGGAACAGAAAAGCCUUCCAGAAUUCAUCCAAAGGUGUGACAUCCUCAUCAAAAGAAUUCGGGAUCUCAUCGAUAAGUGCCCAGUGGAACCACAAAAGAUGGGAGCAGAGGGCUCAUCUAAUUCAGAGAUGUCCAACUUUCUGAAGAACUUCAUGGCAAAGUCGCAGAGCUACUACCAACAGCAGCUAGAUUUAUUAAUCUCAACGCUCUCAAAAUCAGCAAGUAGUUCUAAUAGUACUAACAGUAAUAUUAAAUUGCCUCAAAUUGAUCUCCCUUCAUUUGAUGGGAAGUUCUCUGAUUGGGUAUCAUUCAGAGAAGAGUUUCAAUCAAGCGUAAUUAAUUAUCCCAACCUAACUGAAGUUCAGAAGCUCACUUAUUUAAGAUCUGCCCUUAAAGGAGAGGCAUAUUCAGUAAUUAAGCGCCUUCAAGUAACUGAUACAAAUUUUAAAGUUGCAUGGGACUUACUCCUUGACAAAUUUGAACGGCCAAGUGAAAUUGUUGCUGAUCAUAUAAAAUCAUUUUAUAAUAUGCCUCAUAUUACUCCCACCAAUCCACAAACCAUUCAUAAAAUAAAUAGUAUUUUUUGUGAAUCUCUCAUGGCACUUGAUGCCAUGGAUGUGAAAGGUCGUGACCCUUGGGUGAUCCAGUUCGCAUUAGACAGACUCGACUCUGAAUCCAAAAUUUUAUGGGGUCGGGAAUGCAAAAGGGAACUCCCUACCAUUGAAAAAUUCAAGGCCUUUCUCAGUCAAAGAUGCCGUGACCAUCUAAAUUCUCAGUCCUCUUCAUCUAAGCCCUCCACUUCCACUCGCUCUCAGCCUCAUAAGUCGCCUAUCAGUAAGAAGAAUGCCACGGCUCUUACUAUAUCGAGUCCCUCGAAUUGCAAGUGUUGUGAUGAAUCACCCCAUCCUCUGUACAAGUGCCAAAGGUUCCAUUCCAUGUCAGUGGAUGAGCGAUUCGAGACAGUCAAGUCCCUCAAGCUCUGCCGCAAUUGCCUGGCUUCUCAUCAGACGAGUUCAUGUACCUUCCAUAAAUGCAAUCGUUGUAAAGGACGACACAAUAUUUUGUUGCAUGAAAAAUUCGUCAACUCCUCCAAUAAUGGCUCACCCCGUGAUGCCAAUGAUUCCUCCGGGUCUGGAAAUUCCAAGUCGCCAUCAGAUUCCAAUGCAGAUUCUCAUCCUUCGCCAACCACGGUCGCCAUAUCCUCAGUUCCCUCUGACAGUUGUGCCACCCAACCACCUAAGGUUUUCCUCGCAACUGCUAUGGUUGACAUCCUCAAUGCGAAUCAGGAGAGAAUUCAGUGUCGCAUGGUGCUCGAUAGUGGGGCACAGAUUUGUGUGAUGACGACAAGCCUUUAUCAGAAGCUAAAGCUUCCAAGACUUCCAGCAAAUAUUUCCGUUGUUGGCGUUGGAGCUCAGAGUUCCACCAUCCGAUAUCGAGUCCAAGCCACAAUCGUUACCCGGUCAGAUGAAUCCUUCACUUUUGACUGUUAUGUCAUGCCAAGAAUUACCGGAAAUAUUCCCAAUUGGGACGUGGAUGAUUCCUUCUUGGAACUUCCCCAUGGAAAAGAUCUGGCUGAUCCACAGUGGUCUGUUCAGAGACCAGUUGAUUUAUUAUUGAGUGGAGAUCCUUAUUGGGCCAGCUGGCUCAACGAAACUGUACGUUUCGGUCCUGGACUGCCUCAGCUCAAGGAGACAGUUUUUGGCUACGUAGUCGUAGGGGAGCACCGGUCGAUCGCACCUCAGUGUGACGCAUUUUCCAAUCUGACAGUAGUGUCUCUUGACGAAUCGUUGCGCAAAUUCUGGGAAAUUGAAGACCUACCCGAUGAGCUUCCAAUUACAGAUCUGCAAAAAGCUGCAGAAUCUCAUUUUGUAACCACUCAUAAGCGAAACUCUGAAGGAAGAUUUGUAGUUCAGCUGCCUUUCAAAGAUAAUGCCCCAAGUCUAGGCUCCUCCCGUCCACAAGCUAUUCGGCAAUUCCUGGCUCUCGAACGUCAGUUUGAUCGUAAACCCACCAUGAAGGCAUUGUACAAAGACGUAAUGGAUGAUUAUCUUGCCAAGGGAUGGCUCGAACCUGCUCCCGAGCGCCCAUCUGAUGUCUCCUCAUCCUAUUACAUGCCCCAUCAUGGAGUAUUAAAGGAUUCUGUAUCCACUAAACUCAGAGUGGUAUACAAUGCCAGUGCUAAGACUUCAAGUGGAGUAAGUCUUAAUGACAAUCUGAUGAUUGGACCCACCGUUCAGCCUGAAUUGGCUUCCAUUUUGCUCCGAUUUCGGUUGCAUCCAUAUGCUCUAACUGCUGAUAUAAGCAAAAUGUACCUCCAAUUGGUACUUGAUCCCACUCACACAGAUUUCCAAAGAUUGGUUUGGAGAGAGUCCAAAGAUCAGCCCAUCAAGGAUUAUCGAAUCACUCGAGUUUGUUUCGGUGUAGCUUCUUCACCCUUUCUGGCGACCCGGGCACUGAUACAAUUAGCACAAGAACAUAAAGACUCCCAUCCAUUGGCAGCAUUAGUUCUACGUGAAGCCUUUUAUGUAGAUGAUUGUGUCGUGUCCACCAAUUCUAUUGAAACUGCUAAAAAGAUACAAAUCGAGUUGGUAGAAGUUCUGAAGGGAGCAGGAUUUGUUCUCACCAAGUGGAUGAGCAAUAAUCAACUGCUUACACCUCUCCAUACUUCAGACUCUGCUAGGGAUUCAGUGAUUCUCCAAGAUACUACUACAAGUGUACUGGGUCUAACCUGGGAUUCAAAGUUAGAUUCUUUCCAUUUCUCUGCUCCAAUAUCUCCUAGUGAUGUUGUACAUUCCAAAAGAGAUAUCGCUUCGGCCAUAGCCAAAUUGUUCGAUCCUAUUGGGCUGGUUGGACCAGUCAUUAUUGAAGCAAAAAUGCUACUGCAACAUUUGCACAGUAUCAAGCCUAAAAAUCCUGACAAGAAGUCUGUGAAGAACUCGUGGGAUGCUCCUCUUCCUGCUGAAUUUCUGUUGAGAUGGAAAAAAUUCGUGGAAGCCUUUCAAGAAGUCCGACAUAUUUCCAUUCCACGAUGGAUUUCAACCAUUUCCAAUCCCACCAGAGUGGAUCUCCACAUAUUCUGCGAUGCUAGCGCUAAGGCUUAUGGGGCAGUGAUCUAUUAUGUCUCAAGAGACAGUUGUGGAAAUGUGUGCUCAAGGAUCCUAAUGGCCAAAUCGAGAGUCGCACCAUUGAAGGAAAUAACAAUCCCUCGCCUGGAACUAUGUGGAGCCCUAUUAUCAGCAGAAAUGAUGCAUAAAGUCAAACCCAUUUUAAAUCCAACCAAUGUUCACUAUUGGACUGAUUCUUCAAUUGUGCUUAGCUGGCUGAAUACACCUCCAGAUUCUUACAAACUCUUCGUUGCGAGAAGAAUCACUCAUAUUCUGAAGUUGUCUAAAGCUCCCCAAUGGCGCCACGUCCCCACAAAGGAUAAUCCCGCUGAUGUAAUUUCUCGCGGUUGUACACCGUCUCAACUUGCAUCUACAAUUCUUUGGUGGAAUGGUCCCCCUUGGUUGACUGAAGAUGAAUCUUCAUGGCCGACAAUCUUUAGACCAGGAUCCAACGUUCAUGAUGAUGUGACCUGUCUAGCAAUGGUUCCAGAUCCUGCUUGGCAUGAAGUUUGGAUGUCUAGGCAUUCCCGUCUUACUACAAUCAAGCAUGUGAUGGCAUAUAUUCUCAGAUUCGUGAAUAACACCACUCCAGCCAAAGACAAGCAAUUUGGUUCCAUGUCUACGGAAGAAUCUGAGACUGCUUUACAUGCUCUAAUCCAAUUGGAUCAAGCAUACUAUUUUCCCAAUGUUAAGCAGCAUAUCGCAAAGGGUACAUUGUCUCGCUCGCAAUGGAGAUCACUCACUGCCCUGGUGCCAUUUGUCGAUAAAGAAGGUUUAAUCAGGGUGGGUGGCCGUCUUCAGAACUCUGGGGAGUCAUUCGCGUCUAAGCAUCCAAUAUUACUACCGAAGUCCUUGUUAACCAUACACCUAAUGAGGUUUGAGCAUGUGCAGCAACUUCAUGCAGGUCCAUGUCUUCUCCUUGCUACAAUUCGCCAAACUUAUUGGCCAUUGUCAGGGAGAAAUCUAGCUAGGAAGAUAGUCCAUGAAUGCGUUACUUGUGCCAAAGCUAAUCCCAAACCGGAACACCAAAUUAUGGGAAAUUUGCCCUCACCUAGGGUACGAUUUGCUAACGCAUUCAUAUCUACAGGAGUAGAUUUCGCUGGUCCGGUAAUGAUCCGUUCGUGUCUCAUUCGAAGUGUCUACUCCAGACGGCAAAGCAAUGUUAAGGCCUACAUCGCCAUUUUUGUUUGCAUGGCGACCAAAGCCGUUCAUAUUGAACCAGUAUCGGCUUUGAGCACGGAGAAAUUUCUAGAGGCAUUUCAUCGUUUCACUUCUCGACGUGGAACUCCCCGGCAUAUGUUUUCUGAUCGAGGUCGGAAUUUUGAAGGAGCAGUCAACGAGUUGGCUCGAUUGGUGAACCAGGAGAACCAUCAAAGGGUGAUUCAUGCCGGCACUGAAAGUGAGGGCGUCAUUUGGCACUUCAAUCCACCAAGUGCUCCGCACCACGGCGGUUUAUGGGAGGCGGCGGUGAAGAGCGUGAAGUACCAUUUAAACAGAAUUACCAGGACAUCAGCGCUCACCUUUGAGGAACUGGGUACUGUUUUAUGCCAGAUUGAGAGGGUUUUGAAUAGCAGACCCUUGUGUAAAAUGUCUGAAGACCCAAAUGAGGCAAAUUAUUUAACACCUGGACAUUUUCUAAUAGGUUCUGCCCUAAACGCUCCUCCAGAUCCUAAUUUGUUGGAAAUUCCAGAGAAUCGACUUUCCAUGUGGCAGAGAUGCCAGGCAAGGGCUCAAGAUUUCGCCAGGAAAUGGCGGAUGGAAUAUUUAAACACCUUGCAACAAAGAUCUAAGUGGAGAUGCGCACAAGACAAUCUUAAGGCUGGAGUAGUCGUCUUGUUACUGGAUGAAACCCAGAAGGAAGGAUGCAAGUGGAUACUUGGAAAAAUCGUGGAAGUUCAUCCCGGACAAGAUGGAUUCGUAAGAGUCGUGUCUGUGCGAACUGAGAAGGGGUUAUAUAAAAGACCAAUAACAAAGAUAGCGAGACUACCUAUUCCAAGUUACCAGGACGAUGAUGCUGGACCCAAGCAAUCGGAUGAUUCCUUGACCCAGCCUGGGGAGCAUGUUGGCGCUCAACGACAAAAUUAGGCGCGCAUUAUUUGAUUGAGUUGAGAUUGGUUAUUGGGACGAUUAUCCAAAAAUGAAAAUUCAGUGUUCCCUUUCGCUCGAUGCACAAAUACAUUCUCACUCACAUCGAUCUUCCUUAUUCCGUUAUCAUUUUUAUCACUUGGCUCUCUCUCAUUUUUCUCUUACUUUCUUCCGGGCUGCUGAGUGAGUUAGAUCGCAAAAAUCAAAGUGGAAUUUAUAUCUCAAAAAAUCUCAAAAAUUAAUUGUUAUCGGUGGUGGAAAAAAUCUUAAUUAUUAAGCAAAUUUAGAAUUGUUAUAGUUGAAGUUAAAAUAAAUUGUUGGUGCAGUGAAAGAAACGGAGUGAAUUUGAUUAAAAUAUUGAAGGAGGAAACCUCACCACGAGGAGAAAAAUUUCCCACGUGUUGGAGGCUGAAAGGGGUUUUCCGCAAGGUUUCCGCACUAUCGAGAAAAUUUUUUGGAGUCCUAUCGAUCCAGAUAGACUUUACUAAAUUUAUCGAUAUUUUCUCUGCAGGUUGGUUCAUAGAUUCGGUGCCUAAUUUGGGAACUUGCAAAACAAUUAAUUUUCUUCUCAAUUUUAUUAAAGGUUAGUUGGUUUCUCUGAGCAAUUCACCGUCUCUAGACGAAAGCAUACUAAUUCAUUUUCCUUGCGUUUAUUUAAAGG